UGAUGGAGUAAGGCAUGUCUGAUUAGUGAGGGCUUGGCUCUUGUUAAUGUCUGAUUCACAUUGGUUGCCAUUGGAUUGCUUGCAGGGGAUUCUUAGAUGUGUCAGAAUUAGUCAAGCAGAGAAGUAAUAUAAGUUGACAGUCUAAACACUUUCAGAGUCAACCUUCCCUCUCCUGCAAUAAACGUCGAUUAUUAACUUGCUGCAGAGAUUGAAGCUUUUUGUUAACGAUGAAUACAUUUUUCUCAAGAGCACUGGUUGGUUACAGCUUUAUUAUUAUUAUUGCAUCCUCAGUGUCCGGCACCUACGUUUGGAAUGGUAACAGAUAUAUAGAAUGCAACUGUAAUCGCAGGGCUUAUCGUUGUGAGUGGGAUCCCAUACUAUACCAACAGACUGGAAGUGGUACACGCUGCUUGAACUGUGUUGGCAAUACGGAGGGAGUACACUGCGAGAAAUGUAAGGAAAAUCACUACCCUCUGAGACCAGGAGGACAGUGUCAGCCUUGCAGAUGCAACCCUCUAGGUUCAACUGGUAGUAGUUGUGAUGAGUACGGUCGAUGUAGGUGUAAACCUGAAGGUGUAAUUGGAGACAAAUGUGAGAAAUGCCAGCCUGGCUUUUAUUCAUUAUCCAGCACUGGUUGCAAACGAUGUACAUGUAAUAUGGCUGGUGUCACCGAUAUCUGUGAUGUUGAAACAGGAAGAUGCACUUGUAAAUAUAAUGUAGAAGGGACAAAUUGUAACCGGUGCAAGUCAGGUUAUUACAACCUCCAUCCAGAUAACCCUAUGGGGUGCUCAGCAUGUUUCUGCUUUGGACAUUCGUCAGUCUGCAAGGUGGAAGAUGGUUACAGGAAGGCUUGCAUCACCUCUACCUUUGAUACAGAUUAUGAAGGUUGGAAAGCACAGCAUCGGAGGGGUGGCGAUCUUCCAUUGAUGAGGUCAUCAUUAUCACGUGACAUUGUUGUUGAAGCCAAAGAUGAAUACCCAAUAUUCUUUGUUGCUCCAGCCAAGUUCCUGGGAAAUCAAGUGCUGAGCUACGGACAGAACCUUUCCUUCACAUUCUACGUGGAAAGCAAUAGUGCCUACCCAUCAGUAGAAGAUCUGAUCCUGGAAGGAGAUGGUCAGACACUGACUACUCAAGUGAAUGCACAAAAUAAUCCAAUCCCUUCUACGACAAAGCAGACAUACAACUACAGACUCCAUGAAGGUUUGGAGUAUGGAUGGAAACCAUUCUUAACUUCCUAUGACUUCCAGAGAGUGCUCAGCAACCUCAAGGCCAUCAAAAUCCGUGGUUCAUAUAACAGGCAAAGUGCUGGACACAUCGAUAAUGUGUCUCUCCAGACAGCCCGACCUGGUACUGGAAGUCCUGCUCAGUGGGUGGAGAAAUGUACAUGUCCAACAGGUUAUGAGGGACGAUUCUGUGAGAAAUGUGCAAGAGGCUUCACAAGGCAAAGACGCAAACUUGGAAGUUUUAGCAAGUGUGUGCCAUGUGCCUGUCAAAGCUCUAGUGGCACCUGUGACCCAGAAACUGGUUCCUGCUUCUCCAAUGACCCUCCCAGGAAUUGCCCACAUGGUUAUUACCCUGAUUCUACUGAACCAAGAGGCUGUAGGCUUUGUCCUUGUCCAGGAGGUGCAGGGUGCACUGUGACACCGGGAACAACAGAGGUGUUGUGUGUGGGCUGUCCAGCAAAAACAAUGGGUAACCGGUGUGAAAUGUGUGAGGAGGGAUACUUUGGUAACCCACAGACUGGUAGAUCCUGUCAACCUUGCCAAUGUAACAACAAUGUGGAUCCCAAUUCAGUUAGUAAUUGUGAUCGGUGGACUGGGGAAUGUCGCGGGUGUCUGUACAAUACUGCAGGACAUCACUGUGAGAGAUGCAAAGAUGGCUUUUAUGGAAAUGCACUUGCCUCCAAUCCUGCUGAAAAGUGCAAACCUUGUAACUGUGACCCAAGCGGUUCUUGGUCCUUACAGUGCAGGGAUGAUGGAACAUGUGAUUGCAAGUCAGGAGUCUUUGGAGCUAAGUGUAACCAGUGUGCAGGGGAUACCUAUUACAAUAGCACCACAGGCUGCCAGGAAUGCCCAAGAUGCUAUCAAGCAGUAAAAAGCAAGGUAAUGAAACAUAAGAAUGUGGUUAGAGAUCUGGAAAUUCUAAUUUCAAAAGUGAAGACAAAUGGGAAUCCAUCGAAUGACAAGGACUUUGAUGAAAGAUUGAAGAAAACAUCAGUAGUCCUCAACAGAAUGAUAACUGAUGCUAAAAAAACAGAAAUGGAUGAUGAAAACAAUCUCGACCAAUUGAAAAAUCUUAACAAGAAGUUGGGUGUUGAGACAAGUCGCCUGAACAAUAUAGGGAAAUCUGUUGAUGAGACUCGGAGGUUGACAGUAUUGUAUGAAGAUCGCAUUCGGAACACAGAGAAGUUGCUCAGCAAUGUCAGGACAAAGAUCCAGGAAAGCAGGACAGAACUGACCCGAAUGCCAUCUUUACCUACGGGUCCUGUUGGUGGCCACAACCUGGUGGCUCUAGCAGAUGAGGCUCGAAGACUGGCAGAUAAGCAUGUAAGAGAUGCAGAUGACAUAGAACAGUUCAGCAGAACUGCCAACCAGUCAGCGUUUGAAGCCCUUGAAUUAAUUACCCAGGUAAUCAAAGAUGAUCAGAAAACCAUGGAGUCCAUCAACCUGCUAAAUCAGCAGUCUAAACAAAUCAGUGACCUGGCAGAUGAACUGGAUGAACAAGCAAACCGAAUAACCGCGAAAGCGCAGAAAGUUAGUGAGAGGGCUCAGCGGAUUUACAAUGAACUGAACAACCUCCCUACAAUUGAUAUAGACGUCCUUGAGGCUGAAGUAAAUGAACUCCAACUCAAAGAAAGUGCCAUUGGUCUUGAGCUGAAUGGAAAACUUGAAUUAUAUGAAAGAUUGAAGAAUAAUGUGAUGGACUUCCAGAGAGACGUCAGGAAAAUUUUAGACAAUGGAGAAAUAGAGCAAAGGUCUGCUGACUUGUUACAUGCCAGAGCAAAUGCUGCUAAGUACCUGGCUGAAGAUGCUGUUAAAAAGGGCACAUCCGCAUUGGAGCAAUUUGAUCGUAUCUUAGCUAACUUAAGAGAUUUUAACACAAGAGUGAUCAGCAAUAAAACAGCUGCCGAAAAUGCUUUGAGUAAAAUACCUGAUAUCAUCAAGACCAUUGAUGGUGCCAAUGCGAAAACUAACCAGGCUGAGAAUCAACUGGGAAAUGCAGGAGCAACUGCCAAUGAGGCAAAGAGGAAAGCAAGCGAAGCAAAUAUUAUUGCUGCUGAUGUUCUGAAGAUGGCUGUGAAAUCUUUAGAUGACACAGAUAUGACACUAACUGAAGUUGGACUACUGGAUAGAGACGUGCAAGAUGUGUUUGAGCAGCUAGGACGUGUGCAGACAGACAUGGAGAACAAACUGAGAUCAGUGCAUGGAGAUACCGCAAUGGCAGAGAUGAUCGCAGCCAAUGUAAACGAUGCGACCAUGAAUGUAGCCAGUACACAGGAUUCCAUUAAAAAAACAAUGGACUUGAUAAGCAACCUACUGCUUUCUAUGGGUAAUGCAGCUGAGAUUGAUGCGACUAAGUUACAACGUAUAGAAGAUUCUUUGCAAAUCUCUAAAUACCAAUUGACCAAUGAACUUCAAAUAAAGCAACUAGAAUUACAGGAAGCUGCCAGAGAACAAAGAGAAGCAAUAGCAGCUUAUGAUCAUGAUAUUGAGGACAUCCGUGGAGCUAUUAAAAACCUAGAAAACAUUAGAGACACUUUACCUCCUGGAUGCUUCAACACUGCAGCCUACGAAAGGCCCUAAG